GUAUGAAGAAAUAGACCUUGAAACAGGAAUACUGGAAACGAAAAGAGACCCUGUUCUUUCAGAUGAUAUUUAUCCAGUCCAUAUGAUUUUGGAUAAUAAAGAUGGCAUACAAGGUUCCUGCCAGUAUUUUAAGGAGAGAGUAGAUAUCACUGAUCAAAUAAGGAGGAAAGAUUUGCAGCCUUGUUGUACUUACAUGGAAGCUGUUGAAAAAUGGGGAGAGAAACUUGUCAUUGUGGCCUCCCAAGACCAGCGUUACCGAGCUCUGAUAGGCUGGGAGGGGGACCCUGACUUAAAGCUCCCUGAUUUCUCCUACUGCAUCCUGGAGCGUUUGGGUCGUGCCAGGUGGCAAGGAGAACUUCAGAGGGACCUUCACAGCGGGGCCUUCAAAGUGGAUGCUGGAAAGCUGCAUUACCACCGCAGGGUGCUGGACAGAAAUGGGCUGAUAACAAUGCAGUCCCACGUCAUCAGGCUGCCAAGUGGAGCUCACCAACACUCCAUCCUGCUGCUUCUCACUCGCUUUCACGUCGACAGGAGGAGUAAAUAUGAUAUUCUGAUGGAGAAGCUCUCAAGUAUGCUAAGUGCUCGUUCAAACCAGAUGGAAACAUUAGGAAACCUGAGGGAAGAACUGGGUCUCUGUGAGAGAACUUUCAAGCGCCUCUAUCAAUACAUGAUGAAUGCUGGCCUGGCCAAGGUGGUGUCUGUCCCAUUACAAGAUGUACACCCCAAUGGAGGCCCCUACAAGACAAAGAAAGGGACUGAUGUCAUGGUCCGUUGCCUCAAACUACUGAAGGAAUUUCGGAAGAAAAUGGAAGAUUACCAUGAUGAUGAUGAAGAGGAGAUGAUCACAAAAGCUGUUCUGCCUGUGGAUAUUGUUUGUGAGAGGGAUAUGCUCACCCAGGCUUAUGAGCUAAUUGAGAGCAGGGGAACCAAAGGUAUUUCUCAGGCAGAGAUUCGCUUGGCCAUGAAUGUGGGGAAGCUAGAGGCAAGGAUGCUCUGUCGGCUUCUGGAGAGGUACAAAGUUGUCAAGGGGUUUAUGGAGGAUGAAGGUCGGCAAAGGACAACCAAGUAUGUUUCGUAUAUUUUAGCAGAGGAGAGUGAUUUAAACCGUCAGUUUGAGAGAGAGAAGGCUAGAAGUGAGCAGUUGGCUACAGUCACUUUGGCUCUGGUGCCAGAAGAUACCCCUGCUGUGGAAGAUGCAUCUCCUGGAGAUGAUGAUACUUUGGUCUCCGAGUCUGACAAUGAGGAAGAAGGGAAAGAUGGCAAGAAGAGACGAAAAAGCCAGAAGGCCAACUCUGGUUCUCUGUUGAAAUUAAGUUUCCAAGAUGAUCCCCAUCAGUCAACACCAGCUAAAGGCUCAAAGCCAGCGUCUGUGAAGUCUCAGGGGAAGAAGCUGCCUUCUCCUCAAAUUCUUGAAGAGACAGAUGAACCUCAAGAUAACCUUUCAGGGGAGAGUUCUACUUUGGAAACUCUAAAGCAGGAGCCCAACCUUCCUACCUGUGCUCAUGCCACUGAUGAAGAUGCAGAUGUGGCUGUGGUGGAGGAGGUCAGGCCUGAAGACCCUAAGACGUGUGGCCAGAAGAAGGAGAAGCGUUGCAAAGCUGCAGCAGUGGAGAGGUCUCACGAGACCUACAGGCUGCUGAAGCGCCGGAACCUCAUCGUGGAAGCGGUUCGCAACCUGCGGCUCAUCGAGAGCUUGUUCACGCUUCAGAAAAUGGUCAUGGAUCAAGAGAAGCAAGAAGGUGUCUCCACUAAAUGCUGCAAGAAGUCGAUCGUGCGACUGGUGCAGAGGCUUGCACAGGAAGGGCUCCUCAGGCUCUAUCGUACUACAGUCAUCCAGGAUGGCAUCAGUAAAAAGGUGGAGUUUGUUGUGCAUCCCUCAGUGAGUCCCAGUGACCCCCUGGUAAAAAGUGCCAUUGAGCAAGUGCGUUUCCGAAUCUCCAACUCCAGCACGGCAAACAGGAUUAAAGUUCCCCAGACACCAACGUCCCAGGACCACGCUGAGGAGGAAAGCCUGGGGCAAGACACAGCUCCUGACUCAGGAGAAAUGCAAGAAAGUUCCAGUAAAGCUGAUAACAAUAGGGCAAGAAAAUGCGAUGAAAAAAUGGGCAUAACACAGCUAAGAAACUAUCACCCUGUUACAGUGCCGGGACUUGGGCGUUCUCUUGGCUUUCUUCCCAAAAUGCCACGUUUAAGAAUGGUCCACAUGUUCCUCUGGUACUUAAUUUAUGGGCACCCUCUAAAUGGAACACAGCAAAAAGGAGGUAGUGAUGGUGAGAAGAAAGGCAGCAAACAAGGGCUGGAUGUGAAGGCAGCUGUACUUGAAGCACAACCAGAUGGGGCUGUGGAAAUUGCCUCCUCUGGGGUGAAUCCUGAAAUCACUGUGCUGGAGACUGAAGUGGAGUUGUCUAAUCAAACAGUGUACGUGGAGGAUGCCUCGUGGAUGCGUUAUGUGCCCCCCCUGCCCGUUCACAGAGAGUUUGGAUUCGGAUGGGCUCUUGUCAGUGACAUUCUCCUCUGCCUGCCCCUCUCAGUCUUUGUUCAGAUAGUACAAGUCAGCUACAAGGUGGAUGGCCUAGAUGAUUUUUUAAAUGAUCCACUAAAAAAGCACACUCUGAUCAGAUUUCUUCCAAGGUCAGUCCGACAGCAGCUUCUCUACAAAAGGAGGUACAUCUUUUCGGUGGUAGAAAACCUUCAAAGAUUGUGUUAUAUGGGACUGAUACAGUUUGGCCCAACAGAGAAGUUUCAAGACAAAGACCAGGUCUUUGUGUACAUGAAGAGAAACGCUGUGAUUGUUGACACCACUAUCUGUGACCCCCACUACAACCUGGCCCAAAGCAGCCGCCCCUUUGAGAGACGCUUGUACGUUCUGAGCAGCAUGCAGGACGUGGAGAACUUCUGGUUUGAUCUGCAGUGUGUCUGCCUCAAUACACCACUGGGAGGUGUCCGCUGUCCUCGCUCAAAGAGGAGCAACCUUCAAGGAGAGGAGGCUGCACUAGAUGCAGAAAUGGAACAAGAGUCAGCAGCACAUAAACACAAUCUGGAACGAAAGUGUGCCAUGUUGGAGUACACCACAGGCAGCCGAGAGGUGGUUGAUGAUGGAACGAUCCCUGGAGAUGGGUUAGGAGCUGCAGGUCUGGAUUCCAGCUUUUAUGGGCAUCUGAAACGCAAUUGGAUCUGGACAAGCUACAUCAUCAAUCAGACUAGGAAGGAAAGUACAGCUUCUGAAAAUGGACUGACAAUGAGACUCCAAACCUUCUUAACCAAACACCCCCUGCCACUCAGUACUGGAGGCAACAAAAUUAAUAUUUUGGGAGAAGCAAAGGCAGGAUCCGUGCCACUUGUCCAGAAAGAGGAAUGUAUUGAAAUAAGUAAAGAACCAACCCAGGAUCGAAACAAACGAGUGAGAGGUGGGAAAAGCCAGAAGAGGAAGAGGCUGAGGAAAGACACUGGCAAGAAGACCAAGAAGAAAAAGAAAGAAGAGGAUUCUGCAGAGAAAAGCAAAAGGCUUCGCUACCAUGACGAAGCUGACCAGAGUGCCCUGCAGAGGAUGACACGCCUGCGUGUCACCUGGACAGUGCAGGAGGACAGCCUGCUCAUGCUCUGCAGAAUUGCCAGUCACGUGCUCAACGCAAAGGUGAAAGGGCCCUUUGUUCCAUGGCAAGUAGUUCGGGAUAUCAUGCACGCCAGCUUCGAGGAGUCCCUGGACAAAACAUCUCACUCUGUGGGACGACGAGCUCGCUAUAUUGUCAGAAACCCACAGACCUAUCUUAACUAUAAAGUUUGCCUGGCGGAGGUUUACCAAGAUAAAGCCCUCACUGAAGAUUUCAUGAAUAGGGAAGAUAAUUAUGAAGAUCCCCAGGUUUGUGCAAAGGAGUUUAAAGAGUUUGUGGAAAGACUGAAAGAAAAAUUCAGUUCAACCCUGGGGAAUCCCAAACUUGAGAUUCCUGAUACUUUGCAGGAACUCUUUUCCAGGUAUUUCAUUUUGGCCAUCGGAGAGGACACAACUCAAAACACAAAGGAGGACAGUCUCAGCAGUGUCUAUGAUAUUCAUUUUCUAGUGUUACAGAAUCUGAUUCAGAGCACACUGGCACUCUCAGAUAACCAGAUGAAAUCUUACCAGUCAUUUCAGACGUUCCGCCUGUACCGGGAGUACCGGGAUGACAUCCUGAUGAAGGCUUUCCUGGAGUGCCAGAGGAGGAGCCUGGUCAACCGCCGCCGAGUAAACCACACCCUGGGCCCAAAGAAAAGCAGGGCUUUGCCUUUUGCACCCAUGUCCUAUCAGCUCUCUCAGAGUUACUACAGAGUGUUUACGUGGCGGUUUCCCAACACGAUCUGCACAGAGGCCUUUCAGUUCCUGGAGAAGCUCAAGGCUGCUGACAAAUCAGAGCAGGCAGACAGCUUCUCCUUUCAGGAGGAGGAGCAGGAGGCGUCGGGAGGCAUGGUUGCCUUUCCCAUGGAUGGGCCUGGUGGGCAGUGUGCAGCCAUGCUCUCCCUGCUCGCCCUGGGCCUCGUGGCCGUGAACGUGAGGAUCCCAGAGCAGAUAGUUGUGGUGGACAGCACUACGGUGGAAAAUGAAGUGAUAAAAAGCUUGGGAAAAGGAGGACUGGAGGAGGAUGAUGACGACGAUGAUGACCUAGAGGAGAGCUCUGGAGGCAAGAGGAGAAUAGAAGUCAAGGCCCGUCAAGCCUCUCACACCAAUUACCUGCUGAUGAGGGGCUACUAUGCCCCUGGCAUUGUCAGCACACGCAACCUGAGUCCCAGUGACAACAUCGUGGUCAACUCCUGCCAGGUGAAGGUGAAGCUGCGGUGUACACCCCUGCCAGGAAGGCUCAGCUCUGCAGUUUCUCCUCAGCUUGAUAACAUGGCUGUGGGAAUCUCCUGCCUCCCUGAAACUUUCACCAGGCUGAUAAAAGUCCAAGAAGAAGAUUACAAGGUGGAUGGCUUUCUGCAGGAGUGCACAGGACGUUAUGGCUACAGGCCCAGGGAUGCAGCUGCUGCUCUGGAGAUCCGUGAGGCAAUAGAGGCAGCUUCCCACUUUGGAAUUGGCAAAGCUGAACUGAGCAAACUCUUCUGCAGCUACGAGGAGGUGGGACCUGAACGCACCAGGAGCCUGCAGCAGUACAUUCAGGACCUGAUUGAACUGCAGCAGGUUUUAGAAGUCGGAGGCCACGCUGUAAGACUGGUUGCAAUGGUAUUUGCCAAGCCAUGGCUCUUGCACUCAGUGUGCCUGAAGAAUCAGCCAGAGGAUUCUGAUCAGCAGGACGCAGAGACAGCUCUGCCAGAGGCACCACAGGACUGCCUCCCAUCAGAACCAGAGAGGGGAGAGGAGUGCUCCAGAGAGCAGCAGCUGGGAGAAGACCUGCAAGCUGGCAGUGAUGAUGAGCCCCCGAGGAAGAGACCCAGGACUGAAAACAAUGUCCUUCAAGAUGACAAUCAACUCUGCCAGGGCUCUCCGAGUGGUUUGAAAAGUGCCCAUGAAAGGAACUUUGAUGCAGGUGUUACUGACCCCCUUACAGUGAAGGAAGCUGCAGUCCUGGAUGAAGACCCCAGCUCCCUGGGAGGGCACGUGGGGCACCAAGCCGAGCACCCAGCCUGUGCUCCAAGUGUGGACACCUACAAGGAACAAGAGAAACCUUGUUCUGAGGACAAAGAACUGGAGGCAGAGAAUGAUGAGCUCAGCACUGAGCACAAGCAGAUCCCUGGCCUUGAGCAACCAGCCAGUGAGCAGGGUGAUGAUCCUUCCUAUUUACAAGAGAACCCAGGAGUCUCUAAAGGUAUCUCUAAAGGAGGUUCCACGACAGACAUGCCCCAGGCAGCCAGGGACUGGGCCUGCGAGAACGUCUGCUUCAUUGGGAGACCCUGGAGGAUUGUGGAUGGGAACCUGAACAAACCUGUGUGCAAGGGGAUGAUGGAGGCUGUGCUCUAUCACAUCAUGACCAAACCAGGCAUCACGGAGGACAUGCUGAUGCAGCACUACACGGGGGUACUGCAGCCUGUGGCUGUCCUGGAGAUACUGCAGGGUCUGGAGACUCUUGGCUGCAUCAGACGAUUCUACAUGAAGAAGCCAUCCCUGGUGUCACUCUUUUCUCAGCCAGUUGUGGAAGAAGAACUGAACAAUCCCAAACUGAGCGAAACCCCCACAGUAUACUACGAGCCUACAAUAGACUGUGCUCUCAGGCUGGGCCGAGUGUUCCCCUCUGAAGUGAACUGGAAUAAAUGGGUGCAGAUUAUCCCCGUAUGA